AUGACGCAGAGUCUCGUGUUUAUCGAGCAAGUACCUUCGUAUGUGUAUCAAAAUAUGACUUUUCAUGCUACUGUCGAGUUAGUGGAUGAUCAAAAGACUAAACUUAUGGGUGUCCAUAAGGCACUUCAAGUGUCCUUGCGCUUUAAUGACACAUAUGACCUCGUGGAUCCACAAGAUGCUGUUCUUCAAUUAGCGUCUGACGUCUAUAUUGAUCCGAAUACAGGACUUGCAUUACUAUCCAUGAGUUUACAUACACUCACAGCUACCUGUGAUGGUCGCAAUUUUUGUCUAGAAGUUGGUAGUACUGACGCAACUAUUGAGUCGAUUUUAUCAACUUCUGUGAACAUUGUCAAGGAGAAACUAAAGGUCGUCACGCAACCUCUAGACGUCUGGUUCAAGGAUGAAGGAGGACGUGAGAAAUGCAUGACCGUAGCCUUGACACUGAUCCCUGCACCUGGUGCUUAUUUGGAAGACCGUGUCGUGCCACUAGACGUUCGGUUAUUGUACGAGUCUGGCAAUACAGUACUGAAUCAGAGCAUUUUAAGGCUAUUUCCUGACAUGAGACCCAAUAUGAUUCAUGGUCACGUGACAAUUUCAUUCCGAAUUGAUGACGUCUCAAAGAAUCACCAGGGCCAGUCGUUUGUGCUGGAAAUUGGACCAGAACAACAGGAUGGCAGCUCCAUGUUUCAAGAUAUUGCACCAACACGUACGUCGGCGAUUGCUAUUCGAUCGAAACGUAACAAAAGAAAACUAUAUGCGCAAGCGGCGGCAGCGGUGGCUGCAGCUUCUGGAGUUUAUAGCAUGCGUGCUUCACCUCGAAGCGUUGCAAGUACGCCUCGCGCGCCUUAUAUGGGUAUGAGUGGAGCUCAAAAUUUUCCACACGAAAUGAACGGAGGUGGGUUUACCAUGGAGACACAUCCGCAACGCGCUCGCAAGUACAUGGCUACUAGCAGCGGCGUAGGAUACGACAUGAUGCAGCUGCAGCCGCCACAACAAAUGGCCUCGAUGUCCUGGAGCAGUCACUCGAUGCCGCCCAAUGCCAGUGUUGUGUCUCCAGUUCCGCAGCAGAUACCACAGACUCAGCAGGCUUCUGUCCAGAGCUUAGGUGGCGAAGCUAAUACCAGUCCUGGAGCGAUUGAGUGGACGCUCGGUGGCUUUGAGAUCCAUCCCGAUGGCUCGAUGAACACUGCACGACCAAUCUAUCGCUGCCCACACUGUCGGCGGCUAAAUGGUGUUGACAUGCUAGCGGCGGGCCCCGCAGUUUCGCACAGUCCGCAGUGCGUGUUCUCUCCCAACAGUAGUAAUGGAAAUAUGCUGUACCGUUCUCAGAAGGACGGGGCACAAAUGCAGCAGAGUGAGUACGCAGCUUGCCAGCAGUUGCCUGAACAGAGUAUAAGUAUGAGCGCGCCUCUUACUUCCAGCGCAAACAGCUACGGUAGCAGCGCUAUGGCCGGUUCUUCGUCGCUGAAUGUGCAACGAAAUACUGUUAAUAUUGCGUUAAAAGCGGAGGACGAAUCGCCCAAAGCGUUGACUGCUUUUGCAACGUCGGCAGCUCAGCGGCCUUCCAUGACAAUAUCUCCGUACACGAAUAAGGCUAUGACUGAAGGGAGUGUGCUCGGGGACAGUGGACAAAAGCAGGGAUCUGCAUCGGGAAUCGGUAAUUUGUUUGAAAGCAAUGCAUUUCACAACCAAAUGGAGAUGAUAGGUAGCAACAGUACUGAGAAGCUGUUUUCAAACAAGAACACCUCCGUAGAGGAUCACCCGGCCUUUGACCCGCAACAACAGCAAUCUCAAAACUACCGUCAGGACACGAGCUCUUCUUUUGGAGGUGUCAUUGGUACGUCUUUCUUUAGCGAAAUGACCAAUAUGGGCAUCAACCUCGACCGUUGCGACAAGGGCGAGCCUGAAUUGCUAAGAGAGUUUGAUCAUCUUGGAAGUUGUGGUGCCACCGAGGCACCUAAUGGUGAAGAUCAAGUGUUUUACAUUCUGGCUCGGAUGUACACGGAUGCGCAAGAGCAGAAGCUUGGGCUCCCAGCUUUUGAUCAGUUUCAACGCAUGCUUGGAUUCUACAGCGAAGCUCAAGAUGACGUUCAGACCCAGGUGGUUUUUCAUCCACUGCGGGACAUUUGCUUGUCUGUAGACGAAUGUGAAAAAAUAACGUCUCAAUUCGUCGACGAACUGGACCGUGACUCUCAGGCCGUGCAUUCCUUGCCCAAGUAUCAACACAACCUCAUUAUGUUACGUGAGGACGCACUUAUGUUUUACUGGAGCCAGUCGUUUGUAUAA